GUUUGAUGAUGGAGGAAGAGUUGAGGCACCAUAGCUGAAGAAACUCGUUCUCCUCACUUUGUUCUGUUUGUGGAAACGAAACCUCCAGGCCAGGACCGGACGGUCCGUACAGCUCCGAGACAGUCAGGAAACUGCUGCAGACGCUGCACAGUGUGUGUGUUGCAAAGUCAGCAGUUUGCUCAGGAUUCUGUUUACAAGAUGUCUUCCCCACAAGAACCUCACAAAAGAGCUGCAGCCUGAGCAGACCAGCGAGUCCGGGACCACAACAUGGCGUCAAACACACAUCCUGGGAACCCCACCUGUGGCCUGACGGACCGGAGCGGGAGCUUCUUCAAGCUGAUUGACACGUUUGCGUCAGAGAUCUGCGAGCUGAAGAAGGAAAUGGUGCAGACCCCCCGGAGCCUGGAGACGGAGCCCGCCGAGCUGCCCGGCCUGGAGUGCGGCGUGUACCUGCAGGAGUCCCACUGCGCCGGGCUAGGGGGUGAAAGGGAUUCUGGGUACGACUCCCUGCGGAGGAGGAUGAGCGUGUUGGACCGACUGACUCAGACUCACCCAGUGUGGCUGCUGCUGAGCGUCAGUGAGGAGGACGCUGAUCGGAUCCUGUCCAGACAGCCGCCAGGGGUGUUCCUGGUGAGGAAGUCCACAGCUCUGCAGAGGAAGGUCCUCUCGGUGCGUCUGCAGGAGGGUCAGUCAGCAGCCCCCAUCAGCCACGUCCCCAUCAGGGAGAGUCAGUACACUUUUUCUCUGGACAGAUCUGGGAUCAGCUUUGCAGACCUGUUCCGUCUGGUGUCUUUUUACUGUAUCAGCAGGGAUGUUCUGCCCUUCACACUCAAACUCCCAGAAGCCAUUGCAUCUGCCAAGACACAGAAAGAGCUGGAGGAGGUUGCUCAGCUCGGAGCAGGCUUCUGGGACUCGGCUCUGUGCAGUCAGCGGCGCUCCUCCCCCCGUCCCCGGCGGCCCCUGAGCCGGACCCUCAGCCCUCAGCGGACGGACAGGAACAGGGAGGUCGGGGGGUCGCAGCGACAUACCGGCGCUCAGUGCGACAGCGCGCCCCCGACCCUUCGGUCGCACGCCGGCCCGCCGUCCUUUUACCUGGAGAGGAGACACUCCAGUGGUCCUCUGUGCUUCGUGAGCCCCCUCUUCCUCCGUCACCACCGUGAGGAGGAAACACCGUCACGCCGAGCCGCCGCCAGCUCCCCCCCGAGGGAUGCAGGGGGUUCAGAGGAGCUGAUCAGCAGCAGUCUGGGUAACGAACGGGACACAGAGCAGAUCAAACUGAGCGGCAAAUCCAAGCCACCGCCCCCUCGCCCCCCUCCCCCCCGCUCCAUGCCACGCCGGCGUCCCGCCCCGCCACCUCCUGGACCUCCAGCGGUGACCACCAGACCCAAGACCAUGCCAGAACCUGUAACUGUAGCUGUGAAGCAGCAGCAGCAGCCCCCCAGCAGGCGCCCCGCCCCCGCUCGACCUUCAGCGGGCACCAAGCAAACCAGCCCCGCAAAAACCGCCACAUCGCCCUCGAACCCACCGCCGCCCAGGCCCAAGAAGCCCGACCUGGAGGCCCACCGCUGCCACAUCGCCCUGGAUGAUGAAACCAUCGCCAAGGCGCUGUCUCGAGCCAAACUGCCCCCCUGCCAGCCUCCACCCCCCCUCCCCUCUGACGUCCUUCUAGAAAACCACGCCGGGAGUCGACGGGCUGAGCGGGGGCGCCAGCGGCUCAGCGACAUGAGCAUGUCCACGUCGUCCUCCGACUCUUUGGAGUAUUCACAGUCCCCCGGCUUCUCGCUGGGCCUGGCUCCCGGCCCCGGACCCCUGAACCACCAGGACCCUGUGGAGGACACCAGCGAGGAUGAUGAUGACGGAGAGGAAGAGGAGGAGGAGGAUUACGGAGUCGGCCUGGAGGCAGACCUAGAGAUGCGCCUCCGCCCCUCCUUUAAGUCCCGCCGGAGGCGGGUGGCCGUGAGCCUGGGCGGGGGCUCCUUCAUCCUGCCCCGGGCCCUGAAGGGACGCUUCCGCAAGGUGAGCGGCAUGCUGAGCUCCUUCAUGACCCCGGAGCGCCGCGCCAUCAAGAAGAUCGCCGAGCUGUCGCGGGACAAGAGCUCGUACUUCGGCUCCCUGGUUCAGGACUACAUCAGCUUCGUCCAGGAGAACCGGAGCUGCCACACCACGGGAGGAGACUUCCUUCAGACUCUCCGCCAGUUCCUCACGCAGAUGAAGGCUUACCUGCGCCAGAGCUCCGAGCUCGACCCCCCAAUAGAGUCACUCAUACCCGAGGACCAGAUCGAUCAGGUGUUGGAGAAGUCGAUGCACAAGUGUGUCCUGAAGCCCCUGAAAGGAGUCAUCGAGGUGGUUUUGCACAGCUUCCAGGUGAACAGUGGGACUUGGCAGCGGCUGAAGGAGAACUUGGCCCUGGCCAAGACCAAGCGGCCCCAGGAGCUGGGGGUGGACGGGGCCGUGCCCCCGGACCCUCUGGCCAUUGAGAAGAUCCGACACAAGUUCCUGAACAUGAGGAAGAUGUAUUCGCCAGAGAAGAAGGUGUCGCUGCUGCUGCGGGUGUGUAAACUCAUCUACACCAUCAUGCAGGAUAACUCAGGGAGGAUGUACGGAGCCGACGACUUCCUUCCCAUGCUGACCUACGUGCUGGCUCAGUGCGACAUGCCGGAGCUGGACACAGAGAUCCAGUACAUGAUGGAGCUGCUGGACCCGUCACUGCUGCAGGGGGAGGGUGGCUACUACCUGACCAGUGCCUACGGAGCCAUGGCUCUCAUCAAGAACUUCCAGGAGGAGCAGGCGGCGCGGGUGCUGAGCUCCGAGGCCCGGAACACGCUGCACCAGUGGCACCGCCGCCGCACCGCCCAGCGCUCGGCGCCCUCCGUGGACGACCUCCAGAACUUUCUCCGUGUGGCUCUGCAGGACGGUGACUCGGGCUGCACAGCGAAGACCCUGAUGGUGCACCCGUACACCACCACGGAGGAGGUCUGCUCGCUCUGCGCCUACAAGCUGAAGAUCGACGACCCUGAGAACUUUGCCCUGUUCCUGGUGAGCGAGGACAGCCGGCAGCAGCUGGCGCCCGACACUCACCCCCAGCGGAUCAAGGCCGAGCUGCACAGCCGGCCGCGGCCGCACGUCUUCCACUUCCUGUACCGGAGGACGCUGGACCUCAACCUCUGCAUCCCCGCCUCCGCUGUGCGGACUGGGACCGGGACCGGGAAUGGCCUCCAUGAGGAGUAAAGCUCCUUCUCUACACUGAAGGACUUUAAUUUAACACUGACUCAGGAAGAUAACAGCUCAGAUACGAGUUUUUAAAAAGGCUCACAUUGACAAUCAUGAUUGAAUCUAAACUAGUUGAUAUGAUUCCAUUAAUUCCAAGGAUGGGAAGUUCACCAUCACUGCUGUGGUUAUCAGCACCAAUAGCUGCCCCCCGUCAUUCAGUCUGGCUUUAUGUUGCCAUUGUAGUCAUUUUCUGAACUAGCUGUUCAGUUCUGUGACAAUAUAGGCAUUUUCAUCACGUGUACUGUACACCACAACAAAGAAAAACUAAAGUUUAAAAGCUUUCUGAAGCUAUGUUUUACCAGUCUGAUGAUUUUUCUUUGUGUCAAACAAAAUACAAAACACAGCAUUUUGUGUUUAAUUAAAGUCCUUCAGUGUGAAAUGACCUCCAAACUGUAUAUUUGCAUGUUGACACAGAUAUUAAGUAUGUCUUAGAGUUGAUUAAAAGGUGAAUUAGGAUUCUUCUGAGGGACUCUUGAAAGUGCAACAGAUCAGAAAAGGAAAAGUAAGAAUAGAAAGUGUUUUUUGUGGGUUGUUUGUAGCAGGUUUUCUUUGUUCUUUGAGCAUGUGGACGGAGGUGAAAAGUGUAGACAGGUUUGACAUGUUUACCCUCCAAAACCAGGCAAAAAUUGUAUUUUAUAUGACUAAUUAUUGACUUAACUGCUGUUUCCCAAGUGCCUUUUGAAGGAAUGGAAUAUAUUGUGUGCUACUGAAAGCAGUCGUCCAGCGAUCAUCAGUUUUAAAAGACCAAAAUCUUAAUUUAAGAAGUAAAAGGAACUAUUGGAAAAGUGACUUUUUAUUUUAAGUCUUUUGCAUGCAAUUGCUGGUCAAUUGUAACAUAUAUUUCUGUAGAAAUAUUUUUAUAUUCACAUAUUUUUCAACCCUAAAGUGACAAAGAUUUAUAUUCUGAUUGAAUAUUUCUGUACUGGACACUAUACUGGACUUAUUUAUACCAAUUAUUUCUUCAAAAGUAAUUUUAAGUCUGCACUGUUGUUUUCUGAUGUUUUUGAGAAGCUCCACGCUGACUGUGGAAAUCUAUAAAAGACUCUGAAAA